CGCUUUACCUGUUGCAUAAAGCUCAGUAUCCAAUCGUGUCACACACUUUUGCACUGGGAUCUCGAACUGCAGACCAAACUGGUACGUAUGACGGGGAUGCUGAAGGAACAGCAGGUCAUCUCGCGGGGCGCCCACUCUGACCGUACCUACCGCCAAGUCUCUACCGAGGUACUCUUCAUUCUGAAGUGUGACCAGUGCCGGUCUACCAAAGAUGUACUAAUGGAAAUCUUCAAUCCCAUCGAGAACAGCUGGCAGAAAUUCAGCAACAUGCCUCUCUCUAGAGAUGCAACGACUGUUAUCUUAAACAGUAAGUACCCCGCACUCCUCUAG